AUGACUGCCGACGUUCAAAGCAAGGCGAAAAUGCCGCAUCUAUCAUCUGAUAAACAGCUUACUUUUAUAAAAUUAGCAGUUUUAUCAAUGGCAGCAAUUUUGUCAUUUGCGACACGUUUGUUUUCGGUGCUACGAUUCGAGAGCGUAAUCCACGAAUUUGAUCCGUACUUUAACUACAGGACAACUAGAUACCUUACAGAGGAAGGAUUUUAUAACUUUCAUAAUUGGUUUGAUGACAGAGCAUGGUAUCCUCUAGGCCGAAUUAUUGGUGGUACCAUCUACCCUGGCCUAAUGUUGACAUCAGCAACAUUAUACAAUAUUAUGCAGUUCCUUAAUAUAACUAUAGAUAUAAGGAAUGUGUGUGUCUUCCUUGCACCUUUCUUUUCAUCAUUAACAACUAUUGUUACCUACUUGCUAACGAAGGAGCUUAAGGAUGAAGGUGCUGGCCUGGUUGCUGCAGCAAUGAUAGCUAUUGUACCAGGAUACAUAAGCCGUUCUGUAGCUGGUAGCUAUGAUAAUGAAGGGAUUGCUAUAUUCUGUAUGCUUCUAACAUACUACUUCUGGAUCAAAGCUAUUAACACUGGUACUAUUCUAUGGGCUACUAUGACAGCUCUUGCAUACUUCUACAUGGUAUCAUCUUGGGGUGGGUAUGUAUUUCUCAUCAACCUGAUACCUCUUCAUGUACUGGCACUAAUCAUGCUGGGGCGUUUCUCCUCGCGAGUGUAUGUAGCAUAUAGUACUCUGUACUGUGUAGGGACUAUACUCUCAAUGCAGAUCUCCUUUGUUGGCUUUCAACCAGUGCAAAGUUCAGAACAUAUGUUGGCUCUUGGAGUAUUUGGCUUAUGUCAACUUUAUGCCUUCACCCAGUACUUGCGUGAGCGCUUAUCUCCGCAAAAUUUUGAGUUAUUAUUCAAGGCAUUAGUUACUACACUACUGGCUACACUUGGUACAGCCACAGUGCUGUUUACAGUGACAGGAAAAAUUUCACCGUGGACUGGUAGAUUCUAUUCCCUUCUCGACCCCUCGUAUGCUAAGAAUCAUAUUCCUAUUAUUGCAUCUGUAAGUGAGCACCAGCCUACAUCUUGGUCAUCGUUUUACUUUGACCUUCAAGUGCUAGUGUUUCUGUUCCCUGCUGGUCUGUAUUUCUGUUUUACUCGCAUCACCGAUGCUAACAUAUUCAUCAUCUUAUAUGGAGUGCUCAGUAUAUACUUUGCUGGCGUUAUGGUUCGUCUUAUGCUAGUGUUAGCUCCAGUGAUGUGUAUAGUCUCUGGCAUAGCGGCAUCGAGUUUGUUAAGCCUUCAUGUGAAAGACAUUGAGCCAAAGGUCGACAAACCAGAAAAGAAAAAGAAACAUGAAAAUAAUUUAGUAUUUAGAUCAGAGGUUGGCGCAUUGUUCGUAUGUGUGUUGGGAUGUUUGUUAGUGUCAUACGUGUUCCACUGCACCUGGGUAACGUCAGAGGCGUACUCUUCACCCUCCAUAGUAUUGUCUGCGCGUGCGCAUGACGGGGCCAGGAUCAUCUUUGACGACUUCAGGGAAGCUUACACUUGGCUGAAGAUGAACACGCCAGAGGACGCCAAAGUGAUGUCUUGGUGGGACUAUGGGUACCAGAUAACGGCUAUGGCUAAUCGAACGGUGAUAGUGGAUAAUAAUACGUGGAAUAAUACGCACAUAUCACGAGUCGGACAAGCUAUGGCUUCCACAGAGGAUAAGGCGUACGAAAUAAUGCGAGAAUUAGAUGUCGACUAUGUACUUGUUAUAUUUGGAGGGCUUGUGGGAUAUUCGUCUGAUGAUAUCAACAAAUUCCUUUGGAUGGUUCGUAUCGGGGGCAGUACAGAUCGCGGUGCGCAUAUUCGCGAAGCCGACUACUACACGCCCAGUGGGGAGUUCCGGAUUGAUGCUGAUGGAUCUAACACGUUACUAAAUUGCCUCAUGUACAAAAUGAGUUACUACAAGUUUGGACUAGUUUAUACUGAGGGUGGCCGACCUCCUGGCUUUGACCGUGUCCGCGGAGCAGAGAUAGGCAACAAAGACUUCAAUUUGGAAGUGCUAGAAGAAGCCUACACCACUGAACAUUGGCUAGUUCGUAUAUACAAAGUCAAACCUUUGCCUAACCGGGGUGUUUGA